AUGAUACGCUUCAUUCCAUUGCUUCACAGACAGAUACGAUUCCCAAUCACCAACUCAUCUUCUCACAAUACCCUUUUCAAAAGACUUAUUCAAUCAUCUUCAAAGCAAUUAACCACUGUUCAAUCAACUCCACAAGUACAAUCACAAAGUGCUAUAUUAGCUGAAAGAUUCACCCCAGAGGAACGUGCUUUAGCAUCUAAACAAAGAUUACAAGGUUUAGGACCAUUAGUAUCUCGUUUACCUGAAUCUUGGAUCCCAUAUGCUGAAUUAUCAAGAUUAGAAAAACCUGUAGGAACAUGGUUAUUAUAUGUUCCAUGUACUUGGUCAAUCAUCAUAGCAGCUACUCAAACAGGUGCCCCAUUUGUAUCCACUAUGAGUAUGUUGGCUAUUUUCGGUACAGGUGCACUUAUUAUGAGAGGAUUUGGAUGUACUAUAAAUGAUUUAUUAGAUAAAAAUUAUGAUGAUAAAGUCUUGAGAACUAUUGAAAGACCAAUUGCAAGUGGUAGAGUCACUAGAAAACAAGCUGUUGCGUAUGCUGGUGGUCAAUUAGCCCUGGGGCUUGGUGUUAUAUUAAUGAUCCCAUUAGAUUGUUUUGUUUUAGGGGCUGCUUCAUUAUUACCAGUUUGUACUUAUCCAUUAUUCAAAAGAUUUACUUAUUAUCCACAAGCUGUUCUUUCAUUAACUUUCAAUUGGGGUGCCCUAUUAGGAUUCCCUGCAAUGGGUCUUUGGGAUAUAAAUACCAUGUGUGCAUUAUUCGCUUCAACUUUCUGUUGGACUAUGAUUUAUGAUACAAUUUAUGCUCAUCAAGAUAAAAAAUUUGAUAUUAAUGCUGGUGUUAAAUCAACAGCUUUAAAAUGGGGUACCCAUUCCAAGAAAAUUUUUAGUGGUUUAUCUCUUGCACAAUUAAGUUUAUUAGGUUAUGCUGGAUAUAGUGCUGGUAUCCUAUUAAAUCCAGGUUUUUUAAUUGGAUCUGGUAUUUUCAGUUAUAGAUUAAUUAAAAUGAUUAAAGAUGUUAAUCUUGAUGAUCCAAGAGAUUGUUGGAAACAUUUCACUAGUAAUAUAAAUUCUGGAUUGAUUUUUUCUGCUGGAUUGUUGUUUGAUUAUAUCUUGAUGUGUCUUGGUUUAUUGUAA